AAAUAAUUUAUAGCGACGGUUAGUUAUCAUUUAACUUAACUGGGUUAAGAAUGAAUUAGGAAAAUGCAACGCUACAUGUUAAUAUUGUUAGCUAUCGGAGUAAAAUAUUGUCAUGGUGACGGGGAAACUACCACUGUGACAGUAGAAUCUCCACAAGGAAAGUUUAAAGGAUACGUACGCUCGUUCGAAUCAUUCGGCAAUCAGUAUCGUGUGAGGAGAUUUCUCGGGAUACCUUAUGCAGAGCCACCCACUGGAAGCCGUCGAUUUAAAAAACCUGUAAAGAAAGAAGCUAACAUCGGGAUAUUUGAUGCUACUAAAAGAGGCACUGCAUGUCAACAACUACAAGUGAAGGUUGGCGGAAGAAGAAACACCAACAUCCAAAUGAACUUUUCAGAUGACUGUCUCUUUUUGAACAUUUUUGCACCUGAUGUUCCCGUAUCGAAACAGAAGCUUCCAGUGAUGAUAUUCAUUCAUGGGGGUGUCUUUGAUCACGGAUUUUCGGAUUACAGUGUCGGUGAUAUCUUAAGUGUGUAUGGUGAUGUUGUAGUGGUAACAAUAAAUUACCGACUGAACAUCUGGGGAUUUCUAAGCACCGGAGAUGACUAUUUACCUGGCAACUUAGGACUCUGGGAUCAGAAAAUGGCAAUUGAAUGGGUACAUAAUAAUAUAGCGUCUUUUUCUGGUGAUUCAGAACUUCUUACACUUUUUGGGCAUUCUGCAGGGGCAACAAGUGCUAUUUAUCAAAGUAUGUUUCCAGGCAAUAAAGGAUUAUUUAAGCGAAUUAUAGCUAUGAGUGGAAGUAUAACUUCUCCUUGGGCUUAUAAUGAAAAUCCAUUAAUUGCAACCAGAAAAUAUGGCGCCUUACUUGGAUGCACACAGGAUGAUACAGGAAGUCUCUCGACAUGCAUCACAUCAAAAUCGACUACAGAACUUCAUAAAGCAUUGAAUGACCAUUAUCGUCUUAUAAAGUUUCCUCUAGAUUUUCUACCGGUUAAAGACGGCGAGUUCAUUCCACUUUCGCCGAAGGAGAUAUUUCAUGCAUCAUCUGAAACUGCAAAAGAAAGGCGAGAGCUAUUUGCAGAUAAAGAAUUAAUUACUGGCGUCGUUUCAAGUGAAGCUCUAGUAUUCAUAUCUCCAGCACUUGGUAUUACAAAUGAUACAGACAAUUUUACACUGAGUAGAACUGAGUUUGAGAACAAAUGUGUAACGGACGUAGUGCAAGUUAUGUUUGGUACAAGGCAUCCUAAUGCAAUUAGGAAUUUACUUGUUGCAGAAUACACGGACUGGAAUGACCCUAACAAUGACAAACGUUCGAUGGCAUCUUUAAUACAAAUUGGUUCUGAUUAUGCUUUUAAUAUUCAGGCAAUUGAAACAUUGAAAGUUUUUAACAAAGUCAGCAAUCACAAGGCAUAUGCGUAUGUUGUUGAUGCAAUGCCUUCACAACACCUUCUUCGGACACCAGCCUGGACAACCAAACCGAAUCAUGGUGAUGAUCUUACUUUCCUAUUCGGACACGAUUCAGUAGAUGGCUUUACAAAGUGGACAGAACCUUUUGGAGAUGGACCACCUGCAGAUUGGGAACAUAGGCUUUCCAAAGCAAUUAUUACCAUGUGGACAAAUUUUGCCAAAUCCGGAGAUCCAAAUGCCCCCACACCAUUGACACCAUUGCUACGUAUGGACUGGCCAGCCUACGACAAAAAUACUGAGGCAUACUUGAACAUAUCCAACGACAUAUUCUCUAUCGGACAGCGCAUGUUUGCCCGGAGUUACAACUUGUGGAUGAACGUUCUGCCCGCCGUCAUUUCCGAUAUCGAUCAGGCAGCUUCUGUACAAAUAUCACCAGUAGAAUCUGAAGGUACCUGUGCUCCCUAGAAUGUACUGUUUUUGUUUUCAAACAAAAUCAAAUUAUAGGUUAUACCAUAUCAACAUUACAAAUAUGAAUAAGCUUAUUGCAGAUAAAGUUCAAUGGAGAUCUGGAUGUGGAACAAUGACUCCCGCCUGUCGUACACAGCUUACUACACUGACGAGAUAAAGAAACGCCCAUGCCUAGGGGUACUCCUUCACCAUCAAAAACUGGAAACUGUCAUAUGACAUUUAAUUUUGCCAGCGUGGCGUUAAACCAGUCCCAACAAGAACGAUAUUUUUUAAAACGUUAAUACUAGUUUAAGUUUUACUUAUUACAUGUAUUAUCAAAGAUAUGUGUAAAGAAUAUUACUUAUUGCUAUCUGAGAUCAAUUACAUUUUGUUACUAAUUGUAAAGUGCCAUGUCUUUGUGGAAAGGUGAAUAUUCGUUUAUUGCAAUUUCAUUAACUUAAACAGAAUUUUAUUUUGGAUCAGAUUAUUAAAAAGCGUUUUAAUGAAAAUGUUAUUCUUUUAAUGCAUACUCUUUUGACAUAUGCAGUCAUUUCAUCAGAUCUCUUUGCUGCUCAUUAGUUCCAUGUCAUGCUACCGUUUGUGUACCCUCGACAGAACGUGAUAUGUGGAACGGCGACAGACUCACAUAAUACGAUAAUGUAUACAGUGUAUUUUAAUUUUAACCCGAAACAAAAUACUGUCAGCAAACAGUAAUAUUCGCAAUAUCAUGAAAGUAUCCGCAGCUAAACAUGCUUUUUCCUCAAGAUUUGAAAAAACGCGAUAAACUGAACUCAUAUUUACACAUACUUAGGUUAACCUUAUCUUGGGCAGCAUAAGCAUUUAUAUGACUGAGUCAUUUACGGUAAUGGGUGUUUGGUAACUCUAACAGUUGUAUAUAUUGGGAUUUUAUUAUUCAUGCACAUAUAUGCGUUGAUCCAAAUGUUCGUGGUUAUUGUCACACAUAAAUUAGUAAGGUAAUGCAUCAUAAUAUAAUCACACGUGUUAACAUUGUGAAAAGUGGAGAUUACCUGUGAUUGCAAUAUAUGGCUUACAGAAUACCAACACAUAUUAUUAUUAUUGUUAAUGGUGCCACUGUUUUAUCAUUAUUUUUUAAAGGCAAAAAGAAAGACAAUAGCCACAGUAUUGCAUUCGCGAAAUUGAAAGUAAAUUUCGGCAGUGCUUAAGUAAAGUUAAAACCUAGGUCACGGAAAUUGGUUUUAAAUUUUCCACUUCGUACCCAUUUUUGUCAAUUACAUACACAAAAUUGUGUCAGUUACAUAAACAA